AUGCGGGUCCUCGCACCCUACAUAGCCUCGCUCUCGUUUGACGUCCCACCGCCCUCGGAGCAGCGAAAUGUUAUCGACAAAAUAAGUGCGAAGCAAAUCCAGAGGAGACUGAAGAAACGGGAGGAGAAGCGACAGAAGAAGCUGUCUAAACAGAAGAGCAAGGAGCGCUAUGGAUCCGUUGAUGAUACAUCUAGUUCCAGUUCCGACGAUGAAGACCUUGAACUGAACCGAAAGAUUCAGGACAUACAGCGCCGAUCAGAGCACAAGAUGGCAGAGGCAAACUCAAGGAAGGUCGACAAGAUAGAGAGAAAGAUGGACAAAAAGAUCAAAAAGAUUGAGAGGAAGCAAGAGAAGCUGCAAGAUGAGCGCGAAACUAAGUCGACUAAGCGCGAGAAGAAGGCUGACAAGGUGUCUAAGAAGCAGGAUAAGAAAGCGGAUAGGAUGGAGUUUAUCAUCAUAGAGAACUUGUAG